AAACGUCCCCCAUUCACAGUCUGCCUCUCAGAGCAGAGAAACCCUAACCAGAGCAGCACACUAAUUCAAUCCUUCUCACAAAUUCACUCAGCAGCCAUGGUCGCAACAACUCCAACCAGAGGUCGUGGCGGCGGUGGAUAUAGUAGAGGAGGAAGGGGAGAUGGCGGAGGAAGAAGCGGAGGGAGAAGCGGAGGAAGAGGAUUCGGCAGCGGAAGGGGGGGCAGCGGCGGCGGCCGAGGGUUUGACAUGAAGAGAGGCAGAGGAGGGCCACGUGGAGGAGGCCGUGGAGGCCGGGGAGGUAGAGGAGCAGGAAUGAAGGGAGGGAAUAAGGUUGUGGUGGAGCCGCACAGACACGACGGCGUUUUCAUCGCCAAGGGGAAAGAGGAUGCUCUCUGCACGAAGAACAUGGUUCCCGGUGAAGCCGUUUACAACGAGAAGAGGGUUUCCGUUCAGAACGAAGAUGGAACCAAAGUUGAGUACAGAGUAUGGAAUCCCUUCCGUUCUAAGUUGGCUGCUGCAAUUCUCGGUGGAGUUGAUAAUAUCUGGAUUAAACCUGGUGCAAAAGUACUUUAUCUUGGUGCUGCUUCAGGAACAACUGUUUCUCAUGUAUCUGAUCUUGUUGGACCUGAAGGAGUUGUGUAUGCAGUUGAAUUUUCUCACAGAAGUGGUAGGGAUUUGGUGAACAUGGCUAAGAAGAGAACCAAUGUUAUCCCCAUUAUUGAGGAUGCAAGACAUCCUGCUAAGUACAGAAUGCUUGUUGGUAUGGUGGAUGUCAUUUUCUCUGAUGUUGCUCAGCCAGAUCAGGCAAGAAUUUUGGCCCUUAAUGCAUCAUACUUCUUGAAAGCCGGCGGCCACUUUGUGAUAUCUAUCAAGGCAAACUGUAUCGAUUCGACUGUACCAGCUGAGGCAGUGUUUGCAGCGGAAGUGAAAAAGUUGCAGGUCGAUCAGUUCAAACCGGUCGAACAGGUUACCCUUGAGCCUUUCGAACGAGACCACGCCUGUGUUGUUGGUGGUUAUCGCAUGCCUAAGAAACUGAAGGCCUAAGCUUAGAAUUUCUGAUUUUAGUUUUUUAUUUUGUUGUGUUUUAAUUAACUAGGAUUUGGGUUGCAAUGAAAACUUGUUAUUGAGAUAUUUUUAUUAUGUGCAUUAGUGUCCAUCUUUUUUCACAGUUUUGAUUUUUGUUGAAGAACCAUAGUAUUUAUCGAAAUCACUGGUGAUUACUGUCUUUUUGAUGU